AUGGUUCAGGAACAUGAUGAUGAGCAAGCACCUGCGAAUGAACUGGGGAAGUCUUCUGAUUUUUAUCGCAGGAUUUACUCUGAGAUAGAAGAGAUUGGAUGGGAUCGUUUGGUCAGGAUAGAGGAAGACCUGAAACACUUGAGUUUUCGUAUUGUAGACAAGAAAGGAAGAGUUCAUAUUUUGGAGAUCACAAUAGAUAGUAGCUAUCCGGAAUGUCCACCUUCAGUAUCUGCGGAUGUCCCACGAAUUUUUAAUUUAGACUGGUCCAUAAGCUCAACUCUUAAGGAUGUACUGCAGCAAUUUCAGCGGCAUUUAGAGAAGCUCCAGGACUUCUGGUCUGCAUUGGAUGAGAUUGACAAGUGCUUUUCUGUGGUUGAUCCCAAGCAUCCAAGUUUAGCAGUGUCGUAUCGUCAAAUUCAUAUAGGGAAUGAUUGCUAUCUAUUGCUAUCAUUAAACGCCCAAGAUCCAAGAUCCUUACCAGAAUGUCGAUUUCUGGGUUCAGAUUCAGACGUUAGCCAUUGGAGAAAGAUCUGGCUACAGAAUUGCAAAAGAUGGAACAAAGAGAAACCGUUCUCUGAUAACCUUGCAAGUGUAAUGAAAAUUCAGCUGCAUGAACCUCCUGAUGCAAGUAAAUGUGAUCAGCAAACUGAAUGUGGGGUUUGUUAUGCUCAAUAUUUGCCCGUUGAUGACGAACUUGGUUCAAGCAGUGGGGCUUCAACUGAUUAUACAUGCGAAAACAAUAAUUGCAGUCGGGCCUUUCAUAGUGUUUGUCUUGGUGACUGGCUGCGCUCUAUCACAACCUCACGCAGGUCAUUUGAUGUUAUGUUUGGAAAUUGUCCAUACUGCUCGAGUCCUGUUGCUGUCAGAAUGAAUGCGGGGAAAUGA